GGGCUCUUACCUUUGUGGCUAUCAAUGGAAAACCUAAAAAUGAAGAUGGGGCUCUAAAUCUGGUUCGACCUCUUUCAACGGCUCAGAUUCCUCAUUCAUGAUUCAUCCGUUGUUUAUAUAGACAGAGACGAACGGAGAGACACCGCGCUCUGGGGGAAUAAUCAACCUUCGUAGUUGUGGAUUUCUCUGAGCGGAACGGGUUUUGAUUUUGGAUCGGUUCAGUUUUCGAACCAUUUUUGUAAGUGCUUUUUUGAAUUUGUUGAAGCGCUUGUUCUUUGGUAGUGGUUAUGGCCGAGCAUCACGACCACGAUGAGCCCAAAGGUGAGUCGUUGAUUGAUAAGAUUUCCGGGAAGAUUCACGCUCAUGAUUCCUCUUCUUCCGAUUCCGACAAUGAAAAGUUUGACACUUCUGGUUCUAUUAAAUCCAAGAUUUAUCGCCUCUUCGGUAGGGAAAGGCCUGUCCACAAGGUUUUCGGUGGGGGAAAACCGGCUGAUAUCUUCCUGUGGAGAAACAAAAAGGUAUCCGGUGGAGUUCUAGGAGGAGCAACAGUCGCAUGGAUUUUGUUUGAGUUGCUUGAAUAUCACUUUCUGACCUUGAUUUGCCACAUUUGUAUGGCUGCUCUGGCAGUAGUGUUUUUGUGGUCCAAUGCUUCUUUCUUCAUUAACAAGUCUCUGCCACACAUUCCUCAAGUUCACAUUCCGGAGGAGCCAGUGAAAGAGAUUGCCACUGCUUUGAGAGUUGAGAUCAAUAGGGCCAUUGCUGUCUUGAGAGAGAUAGCAUCAGGAAGGGAUUUGAAGAGCUUUCUUUAUGCAAUUGCUGGUUUAUGGGUUCUGUCCAUUGUGGGAACCUGGUUCAAUUUCCUAACCUUGCUGUACAUAGGAGUUAUUUUUCUCUUCACUGUACCUGUGUUCUACGAGAAAUACGACGAUAAGGUGGACGCCUUGGCAGAGAAGGCAAUUGCAGAGAUCAAGAAGCAGUAUGUAGUAUUUGAUGAGAAGGUACUUUCUAAAAUCCCAAGAGGACCUCUGAAGGACAAAAAGAUCGCUUGAGAGAGAGACGCCCCCGACUCGUGGUAGUAGUCCUGUUUUUUUUGUUGUUGUUUUCGAAAUAUGCAUUUGAUAGGCUUUUUUUAGUCAUUGGCGUCCUGAAGUUUCAUCCAUGAAAGAAUCUGUUCUUCUUUUUCUUCUCUUCUCUUCUCUUCUCAUCAGUGGGUUGGCAAUGUGGAUUAAUUUAUGGAUUGCGGAUACUACACAUGAUUUUGCUACAAUUUUAUAGCUCUCCUUACAUGUCAAGCCUUAGUGAACCACAAAUUUUAGGGAUGUUAUACUUAAUUGACAGUGGGUUUCAUGUAUAAAGUGAGAGUUGUUGUUUCAUUCA